AUGGGUAAGAGAAAGAAGUCAACGAGAACACCAGCCAAAAAAUUGGUGCUAAAGCUGGAUACAAAGUUCAACUGUCUCUUCUGUAAUCACGAGAAAUCAGUAUCGUGCACACUGGAUAAGAAAAACUGUAUAGGAUCGCUGCAGUGUAAAAUUUGUGGUCAAUCGUUUCAAACAAGGAUCAAUGCACUAUCUCAACCAGUGGAUGUGUAUAGCGAUUGGUUUGAUGCCGUGGAGGAAGUGAAUACUGGCCGUGGAAGCGAAAGUGAUGAUGACGACGACGAUAGUGCGAGUGAUUAUGAAAGCGACUCCGAUGAUGCAGACGCCGUAAGGCAGGAAACUCUGGAUAGCGACGAAGAAGAAAUCGAUGACGAUGACAGAAUAGGGCACAAGAGAACCGGAAGAGCCGUUGUCGAUAGUGACGACGAGGACUAG